AUGUUUCUACCAUCCUUGCUAGUCUUAGUACCCUCAACAGCAACCGCGUUUAUCGCCAGGCAACACACCGUUCCGACCACUCUGCCUAGAACCGGAAGAAAUUUGAAUGCAGCUACCCCAAAAUUUUCUCCUACGAAAUCCUGUUUGUUUCAAACUGGAAAUGACAAUAAUGGAGAGGAAGAAGAAAUUUUCUUUGAUGACUUUGAUUUUGUCAUUGGAGGUAGUGGCAGCAACGAUUAUAAUGCCAACAUCCCUGACACUUCACUGCAAGAACGCAUUCAAGCAUCCCAGCAGGAAGAACUGAAACGAGAGACUAAGCUACUGCAAAAUUGGAAGACGGGAGAUUGGUAUGUGCGUGGCUUUUCCCUCGACCCUGCAGAUGCCCUUUCGGAAGAACAGUCAAGCUUUCAACCGCAAGAUGGCAGCCAGCCACAGGAAACCAAUUCUCCAAUCUACGUGUCCAAAGUUGUGCCAGAUAUAAACAGUCAAGGGACAAGAAUAUGGGUUGGACGAAGCAAUGGUAGCCUGGUCUGGGUCCAAUUGGGACAAGAAUACUUGGCCCACUUUCAAUCCAAAAUCACUGGAACAUUUAUUGAUGAUGCCGAUAAUACGGGAACUAACAAUGACGAGGACGCUCCUUCUUCAGCAUCAGCUCGAUUCCAGAGCAAGUUAGUCCGAGAAUCAUCUCAAUCACCUUCCACGCCAAACGAUGAUCGACCUGUCACAACACCAGCAGCCCCAUUUCAAGUAUUGGCACAAUGCUCUGCGAACCAGGGCGAAUCUGCAAUUUCCAAUAUCUUACCGGUGCCCGAGGAAGAUCUCAUUUUUAUCACGUGUCGAGGAAAUGGACAAAUACAACAGUGGCACAUUAGUGAAGAGGAUGCUGAGAGUGACACCCAGGCAUUGAGCUCACCUGUUCCACUCUCGGAAGGUAUUCACAAUGAUGAGAUUGUGGCCUUGAAACUCAUUUAUUAUCAAAAUGCUCCGCUGUUGUUUUCGGUAUCAUGUGAUGGCAGCCUGGCAAUUUGGGACGCCCAAAACGGUGACCUUGUAUACCAUUGCAAAGUCAACGUUGAUGAUAUUGGGAAUCCCGAGGGUGAUCAAGGCAAUGAUACUGUAACCCAAGUGAUUCAUUGUGCAGAUGUCAAUGAGGACCAGAUAUUUCUGGGCACGACGACCGGGUUUGUCUUGGGAUACCUCGUGUCCGAUCUUCUCAAUUCCGCCAGCUCUGGAGGUGCCUGUCCUUUGCCAAGAGGAAAGUUCAAAGCAGACGAUGGUGGCGUCACUGCCAUUGCCUGUGGUGGACCAGGUAGCUUGGGGCGUGGUCAGGACACUUCCAGUGUUGUAUUGAUUACUGGAGGAGCCAAUGGAUUGGUAAAGCAAUGGGAGAUCCUUACAAGCCCAUCCUCACCAAGAAUGGAAAGCUGGCCAAAGCUAGCAAAUCAAAGAUUGCCCAAAAAGGCUCAUAUCUUUGAAGGUCAUUAUGGUCCAAUAACCGCCCUAGAGACAAUGGGAGGAAGACGGCCACAGUUCUUGUCGGCGUCACAAGACGGUACAAUUCGUGCCUGGGAUGUCGCCAAAGGCAAGGAACAAUACAAGAUGGAGGGUUUCACAACAGACUUGUCAAGCCUCUGCUUACAAGGAGCUGAGGAUUAUGAUGAUGACCUGCUGAUUACAAAUGGGAUGAACCAAUAUGUUUGCGUUCAUGACUUUUCAGCCGGAAUGCCGGAGGAAUCGAUAGAUGAUUUCCUGGAACCUUGGGAUGACCAGUAG